AUGAGGCUCGAUCUGAAAACUGGUGCAGUUUCUCGGAAGCCUCUGUCCGCCAUGAAUCUCGAGUUCGGAAUCAUAAACCGAUGUUUUGGGGCUCGAAAGAAUCGAUUCGUGUAUGUGUCGAUCGGCGGACUGAUGCCUAAGAGCACGGGCGUUGUGAAGCUCGAUUUAGAGAGAGAAGGAAAGGGCGAAUGCGUUGUGGCUCAGAGAGUUUAUGAGGAGGGCUGGUUUGGGAGUGAGGCCGCGUUUGUAGCCAAGAGCGAGAGUGAGAGUGAGGACGAUGGUUAUGUAGUGGCGUUUUUGCAUGAGGAGGCCACUGGUGAGGCUGGCUUCGUGGUCAUGGACGCAGCGUCGUCCGAUCUGGAGAUCGUGGCCUCAGUUACGUUGCCCCAGCGUGUGCCCUAUGGCUUCCAUGGCUGCUUUCUCACCGAGGAGCAGCUCAGAUCGCAGCGAUCUAUCAGUAGCUGCUGGAUGCUCUUGGGGGAUAUCUAG